GAGUCCCGGGCGUGCAUUGUGUGUAUGCAAAAGCACUGCUGAGCUCCUGGAGCGGCCCUAGCCGGGACCGGGUAGCAGCUGCUGCGGGCACUGCGGAGUACGCUCCUGUCUCGGAUGCGGAUGCCUGAGCCUGAGCCCAGCGCUGUCAUGCUCCUGCCGCGGGGCGGGCUGCAGCGUCGUCCCGUCGCUAUAUAAGCGCGAGCAGAGGGGGCACCCGGAGGGGCUGAAAAUGAAGGUGCCCGCGCAUGGGCCGCCGCUGAUUGCCAACCCCUCCCGAGCUCGCUCCCGGAGCGGAGCCCGAGGCCGCCGAGGACCCGCCUUAGCCGCAGUAGCAGCUGGUUCAGCGACGCGGACAGCAGCUGCGGCGGCAGUGGCGGUGGCGCCCCUCGCGCCAGCGCUUAGAGCGGCGGCGGCGACUCCGGGGCCGCCGCUGGCCCCGCUGCCAUGAGUUGUGCGGAGGUGAUGUAUCACCCCCAGCCGUAUGGAGCGCCCCAGUAUCUGCCCAACCCUGUGGCAGCUGCAACCUGCCCUACAGCCUGCUAUCAUCCGGCUCCCCAACCUGGCCAGCAGAAGAAGUUAGCGGUAUACAGCAAGAUGCAGGACUCUCUGGAAGUCACGCUUCCCAGCAAACAAGAGGAGGAGGAGGAGGAGGAGGAGGAUGAGGAGGAGGAGGAGAAAGACCAGCCUGCCGAGAUGGAGUACCUUAACUCUCGCUGUGUCCUUUUCACUUAUUUCCAGGGAGACAUUGGGUCAGUAGUGGAUGAACACUUCUCAAGAGCUUUGGGCCAAGCCAACACCUUGCAUCCCGAAUCUGCCAUUUCAAAAAGCAAGAUGGGGCUAACCCCCCUAUGGCGAGACAGCUCAGCUCUUUCGAGCCAGCGGAGUAAUUUUCCAACUUCCUUUUGGACCAGCUCUUAUCAGCCCCCACCCGCGCCUUGUUUGGGGGGAGUCCAUCCUGACUUCCAAGUCACUGCACCCCAUGGCACCUUUACUACAGCAGACCCCAACUCUUGGCCAGGACAUGGCCUGCAUCAGACUGGCCCCGCCCCACCCCCCACUGCGUCUGAGUCUUGGCACUAUCCUCUGGCCUCUCAAGUGAGCCCUUCCUACAGCCACAUGCAUGACAUGUACCUGCGCCAUCAUCACCCUCAUGCUCACGUGCACCACCGCCACCACCACCACCACCACCACCCAACUGCUGGCUCUGCCUUGGAUCCCGCCUAUGGCCACCUGCUAAUGCCAUCAGUGCGAGCUGCCAGGAUUCCUGCUCCCCAGUGCGACAUCACCAAGACAGAUCUGACUACAGUCACCACUGCUACCUCAGCAUGGGCCGGUGCCUUUCAUGGGACAGUGGACAUCGUGCCAAGUGUGGGCUUCGAUACAGGUCUUCAGCAUCAGGACAAGAGCAAAGAAUCAACUUGGUACUGAAGCAUGGUAUCAGCAGGUCAUAUGGCAGCAUGAAUCCAAGGGCCCACUGGGAAAAUGCCAUUGGGAUAUCCCAUCCAGAAAUGGGACACAGGAAACGUGGAGUGAGAAGAGAACAUAGAAGGCCAUUGUCUUUAGAUUUGAACCUUUACUGGAGAAAACAUAGAGGGCUCUCCUAGUCCUCAAAGAAGAGCAUUUGGGUUUUUUUUUUCCCUCAUCUGAGCCUUUGUCACCCGUGCAACGUCUUGUUUUACUUGCCUUGUACCAGUACCUGGGCUAGCUUUUGUAUGCCUUUUUAUUUUUCUUUUUGAACCAGUAACCUUGUAAGAAGAUGAUCUACCAAAUGAAAUUGCUCAUUCCUUCAGGAAAAACCAUUAACUCCAUCUUCAUCUAUUUUUAUAGAAAUACAAAAUGGUUGGUUUAGCAUGGAGGGGAUAUUUUUGAAGAUGUAAUUUUUUUUUAAUGUUGUAACAAUCGUGGAGUUCUGUUUAAAGAACUUGCUCUCAGAAAAGCACUGGCCAAAAUGUUUAAGCGCUGAUCCAUCUUUAGAGUCUGUGAUGCGCUGUGUCUGUGCUUCCGAGGGUACCUCAAGGGUUUCAUCCUUCCUCCAACAUUGGCACUACCAUAGACAAACCCUUCAACAUUGUGUUUAUGUUGAAACUCAGUGAAGACUUAAUUCAAUGAUAGCUCUCUUAGUUUGCCGUUAUAUAUGUCUGUGCAGCUUGAAAGGGGUAUUUUCUUUUAAAGGGACACAAAGGAAAGGGGACUUCUUGCAAAUAGUUCUUGGAGGUUGACUAACAAGAAAAAUUUGGUUAAUGAACAAUACUUCUCUAUAUAGUCCAGCCUAUCUUAACAAUUAGGAGGAGAGUUUACACAUGGCUUCAAAAUAGGAAAAAUCAAUGCAUUUAUCUAUGAUAACUGUGGACAUCACUGACAAAUUUUCCUAAUUUCUAACCAUUCAUUCACGGAUGACUUUGUAUGACUUUGUUUUCUGAAUACAAAUGAGUAGUAUCAGGAAAGGAAGGAGACACGUGUCAAAAUGCUGACUGUCCCUCAUCUUUGUAAACUGAUAAGUGAUGUAUUCUUUAUGCAAUGUUUUCAUUUGAUCAUUUUUGCAAGAUUUUCAUUUGCUUUUAAGUGUAAUUAGUUUCUCAAAAAUUAGAGCAAAAAUAAAAGUGGUAAUGGAUUUAAGUUUAUGCUUCAAUUGCACAAACUGGUUGAAAGACUCAAAGCUUGAGAAAUGAACUUAACAUGGCCCACAAGAUUAAAAGAAAUGAAGUUGGAAUUAACUUUAAGAGAAAAUGGGGCAAAGGUUGGGAUUAUGAAGGUAUCAAUGAGUAGCAAAUCAAAGACACAGUCUAUUUUUUCCUUUCAGUUGCUCCCACCCACACAGGACAUUCAUGUAGUAUAGAUGCUUUUAUUUAAUAAUGUUUCUCAAAUUCUUCCAUUCCUCUCAGGCCACACAAAACAGAAGGUUCAGUCACGUGCUAUGUUCUGUUUUUAAUUGUGAACUUCAUGGGUGAGAAUACUUUACACAUUAACAACACAACAAGCAAGCAGCUACACAGAAUUCUCACAACUCGUUUCCAAACGUUUCACUUGGCUGUAUCUUAGACAUCCGUUUCUCUUCCUGCUGUGUUUUGAAUUACAAACUCACUUCAUCUCUUGCAUUCACAGACUUCCAUCAGUUUUUUCAUCUUGAUUUUUCUUUAGCACAGUGUUCACGGUUUUAUCAAUAUAAUCUAGACGUAAGGAAGCUUCUACUCACCAGUUUAGGAACUUUACAAUCCAGACAAUGGACCUCAUUAAAUUCUGUGCAUAUUUAUCUGGAUUUUGAUAACAAAUAAAAAUUGUUUUAUUUGUUAUUUCUAUCUACAUAAAUAUGUGAACCAUAGAGUUGAAUGGAUCUAUCAAAUUCAUGACGUCUUGAGUCCUCUUGAGUUGUAAGAACUGAGCACUUAGCAACUCUCAUGAGGGAAACACACUGGCUGUUGUCACAUCCUUCCUUGGGUUAUAUUAACUUACAUUGCCAUGUCUCUUAGAACAGUACCACACUUCAAAUCACUGAAGCUCGCUCCAUUAAAUUUUUCCAGAUAAGGGAGGAUAAGAGGACUAACUUGUUUCCUUAUCUUGUUUCUUUAUCAUCAUUCUGGAUUGAAAAGGAAAGUAGGUAAUUUCGUGGUUUUGCUCUGAUAUCCUUAUAACUAUGGCCAAAACAUGAUUUGGUUCAAGACCAAAGGAAAGAAUCUGAAUUCUAUUGCAUGCAACAAAGGCUCUCCCUUUAAGAAUAGGCAUAGUUAUCAGUGGCACAUUGUCACCAAAGGAAGAGACCAAAAUCUAAUAAAAGGAAAAAGAACAUGUCCAGCAUCCCUCAGUGUUUUGACACUAUUGUAACAAGCAGAAGUAAUAAGGGAGCUAUACCAUAGCAAAAUAAGUAAUCUGAAUUUAUUUGCAUAUAAAGUGCUAUUACCCUCUGGAUCUGGGUUUCUCACUUUAAAGUACGGCUGCCAUACUGAAGGUGAUUGCCUUCUACCCCUCUGAAUUCAUUAGACCCAUUCUACCUUUGACUGUUUCACAACUUAAAUUUCUUUCAGUCUAUUUGAAAGCCUGUACACUUGACACCAGAAAACCUUAUUAUUUCAUAUGCAAUCUACUAUUUCACCAGUGAACUCUCUACAGUAAGAAACCACAGAAUGUUGGCUAUUAGAGUCCCUGCAGGAUAUUUGAUCUUUCCUUGUUAAUUUCUAAAGAACCUCUGAAGUUUAUAAUCUAAACAUUUGUAUAAACCAAGUUGAUAUAUUAUCUUUCAAAGGUUACCUAUUCUUUUAACUCUUCCAACUUUUCUAUUUUGAAUCCCUUAUUGAGAUUUGAAUGCUAACUCCCCAAAAUGGAAAUAUUAUCCUCAAAUUUAUAAAAUGAGAAUGAGUGGAUUGCAAAAAUACUGAGGAACACAUUUUCCAAAGUUGUGGCCUUAAAAUAAAAUGUUCUAGAGGAGGGCAUCAUUUAUUCUAUCAAUAGUAUUUGCCUGUUCAUAAGAUUGCAGAACAUGGGACAGGUAGUAGCCUUAAAAUCAUUAUCUGACUGGGUGUUGUAAUUUCAAGUUAUAGAGACUGUACUUUCAUAAAUUGCAUGCUGUCCCUCAUGAGAAGCAUGCCUGUAUGAAGUAGCAUUUGUUGAAUUAGUCAGUAGGAAUGGCAGUAAGUGAUGGACAAGGCAAGGACAUACUUCACUGUUUUGACUAAGAAAGAGUGGGUCAGCAGGGUGAGUUAGUGUGACCUCAGUUGCUCGAUGAAUUGUGACUCAGCUGUAGUUGAUUGUUUCAGAACUUCAUUGACCUCAUGAUAAAAAUGGGAUAAUACUACCUAUCAGGAUGGCUGUGAAAGUUGGUAAACAUAUACAGAUGCACCCAACUUACAGUGUAGAUGUUCAAACAACUACCAGCCUCCUCAGUUGACCAUCAGUUCAGCAAGUUGGUUAUAAAACUGAGCUCUUAUAUAUCCUGUCCCUUAAUGUUGCCCAUUUAUUAUUCAGAACCUAAAUAGACGAAUGACUGCUUCGCUGUAAAGAGUCAUUGAAAGGGAAAUCUUUUUUUCUUUCUUUUUCUUAUGGAAGAUAAAAUGUUAACUUCUUAAUGAACUCCGAGUUUUUAAUGUGGUGUUCCUGAAGAAAUGUUAAUUAAACAUCUAGUUGUAUGUAGCCAGAGUCUGAAUCAUAUUCACCCACAACUCUAUAUAUUGUUCCCUCCAAAAUUAUGAGGGCAGUGUCACCAAGCCCCCGACCUAUGCAUUUGUCAGAUAUACAUUGUGUUUCUGUGGCACUGACCUAGGAAUGCUCUUCUUCUCUGCCCCUUUUGUUUUUCCUUGCCUCGGAGGAAAAGUUGCACAAUAUGGUGUGGAAAAAAAGAAGUCUCCCUCAUAGAAAGGGAGGGGGAGCAUUCCCUUUACGAUCUAAGUCAGCAGAUUUACUAUACUUGAGAAAAAAAAAUGAAACAACUUUAUUGGAAGCAGAUGUUGACACUGUGUCGGUUAUUGAAGAUGGAAAGAGUUCACUCUGUCGUUGCAGUUACAAAGGGGUAUUGAUGGCAGUCAAGGUCCCUGUGAUGGGUCACCUUCCCAGCUGGGGGAGGACAGCAGAAACAGUAUGAGACCCAAAAUGAAGUCAGCCUGUGAUUUCAACGUACAAGAAACACCAAGGACGAAGCUUGCUUGCUGCAUUUUUUUCCCUGCAGGAUACAUAAUAUAUAUCUUUCAUAUAAUAUUAAGGCUGGAAAGACAAGUUAAAAUCAAGCAUCUUAAAAAUACUACAAUUUGAGGAAUCCUUUAUAUCUACCAUGACAUCAUGAAAACUUCGAUUAAAUUUACUUCAGAAAAUUAGGCUGAUAUUUGUGUUUCAAAAUGUAGCUGAUCACAAAUAAACAUUUUGAAGGAAGGGUAGCUUUGGCUUUUGGGGGAUGAACGGAGCCAGCAAGGGAACCUCAACUUCAAUAGCUUCACAAUGUUAAUUGCCAUGGUUAUGUGGUCAUGGGAUUAGGUCACAGAUCAGACUUGUAGAAUAUUGCAUAGUAUUUUUUCUCUUCGCGCUUUCUGGGAAUUUUUAAACUGUAAAAUUAGUCAUUAUAGUUAAAUGUCUUGCCUUUCACAUUUUUCUUGUGAGCUUUUGUUUGCUUGAAGCAUUUUGUGAUGUCAAGUGAUUAGUCAAGGAAAUAGUUUUGAAAUUUUUGACCACCUUAUAUUGAUCCAAGGACAUUUUCGAAAACUCUUUUUAAAUUGCAGGGAAUUCUAAUAGGUUUUUAAUGUUGUUUUCCAAUUCUGUUGUGCCGUGUAAAUAAACAAGGCCAUACAGUCAUUUAGAAAGGGGCACAACAUCACCAAUUAAUUUCUUUUUCUAAUGAUUUCUGACUACUAAAUUUUAGGCUAAUAUGGCUUCUUUUCAAAAAUGAAAUUCCUAGUGAGACUUUCUUUCUUUUUACCUAAGAUGUGAACUUUUCUCUUUAUACUGAUAGAGGUAGACAUUUUUUCCCUUCUGUUUUGUGGCUAGAGUCACAAAACAGAAUGUAAUGAAUCUACAUACUUGGUUCAAUGUGUAGGAUAUGUACACUUGUGAACUUCCUAUCUGAUUUACAAAUGCUAUUCCAUUUAGGUAUUUUUCAAGAUGUACAAUGUAGGGAAAACCCCAUGUGUGUUCUUUGUAUCAUUUUAAAGUGCAUAUAUUUAAAGGAAAAUGCUGACUCCUUUUGUUUUCAUUGCGUACACCUAGGUAAGGUGAAAUGGUUUUGUAAAGAGAAAAUGCACAAUAUGAUAUCUUUAUAUUUAUCACUUGAUAAGGUAAACUGAAAACUAAUAGUAGAAGUCAUAUCUUACAGCAAUCGACAUACAGUAUGAUUCCAGAUUUGUUAGUUCUGAGAGAAAUCACGCCAUCUUGAUUUCCUAUUUCCAGAAAAGGAAAUCAAGCAAUCGUGGUUAUGCUGUCAUUGUUACCUAAUAGAUAAUGGAUAAUUGCUAAAUCUUUUGACUUUAUAAUUGUAAAAUCAUAUGAUUAUUUUUUGUUUUCAUUCUUCAAAUGCAGGACGUCUAAUUGUGUCAUUGAUAUACAAUCAUGGAUGACUUUGUGAGAAGAACAGAUGUCAUUUUCUUUAACUUGUUCAAUAAAUAAUUUAAUGUGACUUUAA